CAAAAUCUUCUGCUAAUUUAAUUCCACAGUUAAGGGAGGCGGUGAGCUUGGAUUCUAGAGUUUGGGCUUACAGCUUCCUCGAGGUCCUGCGCCUGCGCUCCCAUGCAAUCCCCGUUUCCCCAGAUCUACGAGGUUGACCUAAUCUGAGCGGCCACCUACUGCUGGAUCCGUUGAUUGUCCAUGCUACUCGAUCAAUUAUGUUGAUAUUACUUGUUGACUGCUGGCAAUGAUGUCAAGACCUGUGGUUCUUGUUUUUCUGCUGGUGAUACUAAUAAUCACAUCACAGUUUGAAUGGAAACAGCAACUCACGAAUGAAAUAGAAACUGGCUCAAUCUUCUCCCCAAGGCAGCCCCAGGUUUCAAAUAGAGAAGAAAUUAUUAAGGAAAAGAUAAUCUUAUCUCAAGAGAAGAAUAUCCAACGUUUAAAUGAGCUUGUUCAGAGCCUUCAGCUGCAAUUGUUGCAGUGCCGUGGCAGCAACAACACAUUGAAUGACACUGCAACAUAUUUUAGAUCCAAUAGUAUUGAAAUUCAGAAGCAGAAUCCUUUGGAGGAUUGAGUUGGCUUGUCUUGCAGUGGCAGUCAAUGUCCUUCACUAAGUUACAAAUGUUGCGUGUUGGAGCAGUUCACACAACAAAACCAGCGAAGUAAUUGUUACUGACUUCUCAAUAAAAAUGUGAAUUCCUGUAGAGAAACAAAGCAGUGCCCUCUAAUAUUCUGACUCCUGUUUAAAAUAUUUUUUCUGUACAAGUACGAAUUGUCAUUUGAAGUUUUACUCCUCUGAAUUCUUAUGUGUACUAAAUAUUUGUUCAA